AUGACGGACGGGCCGUCGCGGGAGGUUGUCGAGAACGGCAGUGAUGGAUGGGAGGCGCGGGAGGAGGAGCCGGUGGUGGAUGAGAAGAAGCUGGUGCGGAAGCUGGAUCUUUACUUGAUUCCGCUCAUCAUGAUGCUAUACCUGUUUAGCUUUUUGGAUCGAGUCAACAUUGGAAACGCGCGCCUCUACGGGCUCGAAGAGGACCUGAACCUCUCCUCGUCGCAGUUUCAAGUCGCCGUGUCCAUCUUUUUCGUCCCCUAUCUGCUCUUUGAAGUCCCCUCCAACCUCGUCCUCAAGCUCUUUACGCCGCGUCGCUGGCUCGCGCUCCUCGCCGUUUCCUGGGGCCUCGUCGCGACGCUCUCGGGCCUCGUCACUUCCUACGCCGGCUUGCUCGCGUGCCGCCUCGUCCUCGGCGUCGUCGAAGCGGGCCUCUUCCCCGGCCUCACCGUCUACCUGACGCUCUUUUACACCAAGCACGAGCUGGCGCGGCGCGUGGGCUACCUGUUUGUCAGCGCGGCCGUGGCCGGGGCCGUGGGCGGGUUGCUGGCGUACGGCGUCGGGCACUUGGACGGCGUCCGGGGCAUGAGCGGAUGGAGGUGGAUCUUGAUUAUAGAGGGCAUGCCGAGCGUGGUGCUGGGCGUGGCGACGUGGGUGUGGCUGCCGAAUGAGGCGGCGACGGCGAGAUUUUUGAGCGGCGCGGAGAAAGGGAUGAUGGAGACGAGGCAGGAGAGGGAGUAUGGGAAUACAAAGUCGGGGAGGGAGUUUGGGUUCAAGGAUAUGAGGGCGGCGUUUAAGGAUUGGAGGGUGUGGGCGUUUUGCGUGGCUCAGUUUGGCGUCGACACGAUGCUUUACGGCUACUCGACAUUUUUGCCCACCAUCAUCCGGGGCCUGGGCAGGUGGUCGCCGGCGCAGGUGCAGCUUCUCACGAUCCCUUGCUACUUUGUGGGCGCGAGCGCGUACAUGGCGGCGGCGACGGUGUCGGACCGCACGCAGAAGCGCGGGCUGUUUUGCGUCGUCUUUGGCGCCGUCAGCGUCGUCGGGUACGCCGUCUUGCUGGGCGACGCGUCGUCGGGCGUGCAUUACUUUGCGUGCUUUUUGGUGGCGGCCGGCUUGUACAUUGUUGUUGGAUUGCCGCUGGCUUGGCUUCCGAAUAACUCUCCACGAUAUGGGAAAAGAACGACAGCGACGGGUAUGCAGCUCACGAUUGGCAAUGCCUCGGGCAUCAUGUCGUCGUUUAUCUACCCAACGUCCGACGCACCGCGCUUCAUCCGUGGACACGCCGUGACGCUCGCCAUGGUGGCCACGGGCACCGUCAUCUAUGGUCUGCUGUGGGCGUGGUACAAGCGCGAGAAUGAGAAAAGAGCCGCCGGGGUCGUCAAGGAGGCAUAUCAGCAAAUGUCGGACGAUGAGCUGCGGGAGCUGGGUGAUGAGAGUCCUCAUUACAGAUAUACGAUAUAG